AUGUCUGGGUGCCCAGGUGGGGAGCAACGACCCCUGGCCGUGCCCAGAGCCGAGAUGCAGCACUCCGGCUUUUCGAAUGGGGGAGGUCUAUUUUCAAGAGGAAAUAUCUUUGGAGGGAGCAAAACGCCAGCCUCUACCACGAGGCCGAGCACAAGUGGUGGUUCUCCCAAUCCGCAAAUCGAAUCGAAUCAUCAGCCGUCUUCAAGGGCUUCGACCUUUGUUGGUCGUAAAGCCUCCUUCACAACCAAAUCACCAAAAACAUCCGGCUUGGUGCAUCGAGGGCGCAACAACACCUCCAGCACCUUUCCCACCCUCUCUCCAGAGAAACGCGCCAAUUCGACAGCUCCCCUAUUGAGAGGUUCAGGUUCCGCUGCGGACGGUGCUGUGAACGCGCAGGAGCAUGAACAGCAGCUCAAAUCGGGGGAUAGCUUCACCCAGCUUGCGACUGACCUAACUAACUCGCCUGUCUCUGCCGGCGCAGACUCAUAUACAUCAACAACUCCAUUUUCGAAUAUGCUGGUCCGCCCAGGAACGUCUUAUCAGGGAAGUGGUGGCUCAAAUGGGGCGACUCCAUAUCAACCGAUGCAACCGGCAAGUCCGACGCACGAAGGACGAGUCUAUUGGUUCAACACAUUAUUAUUUAACAAACCCGAUUUACAACGCAUGCCAUAUUUUGAUUCACGUAAACUCGCCAGGCGAGCAACAAACUAUCUCCUACUCGGUCUCUCGCUCCCCACGAUUAUCGACCUCAAUGGCUCGAACCCAUUCGAGUUCCUGAAGACUCUUAAUGCCCUCCUUGCCGAGUUUGAAGCCUACCAACAGAUACAUCCGGCCGAUGGCUCCUCUUCACUGUCGCGGGGACGAUUCCCACAAAUGUUCAAGCGCGCAACAGGGACGAAUAAAGGUCGACGGACAAGCUCGGCAGCAGACAUUGGACUUCCCAUGGGCAAUGAUUCAUUCGACUCGAAAUCGACUGGAACGGGGUCAACAACGGGAGGAACAGGAGCUGCCAGUGCCUUUCUGGGAGAGACAGAUUUACUACCGGGAGAAGAAUAUAUAUAUCUACUAACACCAUCAUUACCAUUUGAUCCGGAUUUCUACGAGACAUUUGCGACACUGUGCGAUGUCCUGAUUGAUUGUUACACCAAACUUAUGAGUCUGGUACCUUCCCCGAAAGAAUGCAAUCCUGCAAUGGCAGAAAUGUUUACCAAGGCGGACGCAAGAGUCAGGAAGAUUAUUGUGCAGGGCGUGGUGAAAGAAUUUGAAGAUAGUAGUAGGGCAGGUGUCAAACUAGAGGUUGGGAAUGUCGGUCGGGUGGUACUCGGCGGACUGAUGUGA